AUGGACUUGCAGCCGCCGUCUGUGCUGGCUCAAUUGCCGCGCCCGCUGCAUGCAUCAACCGGCAAAACUUAUAUUAGCGAAGUCUAUAGCCUCGCCAACGCGAAGAAGCGCAAGAGAUACGAAGUUGCUGUCGCAGUUGAUGGUGAAGCUGUGAAUCUAUACAAUAUCCAAAACCCGAAACUGGUCACCUCUUACGCCGUCCCUCCGCAAUCGUCGUUUUCUUGCCCGCCAUGCUCGUUGCGCCGGAAGCUCCUGAAAGCCUCAGGUGUGAAAAGGCAAACCUUUGUCGCUAUGAAAAAAGAGAUUAAGGCUUUUACUGAGGAAAGUGCUGCGAGCGGAACCGGUGCACCAGUAAUCUCUUCCUCAUCAUUCGGGGUGGACGAUUCGACAAGCCCGACCGUCUUUAUUGGUAUUGUGCCGGGCUCUGAGAUUGAGGACAAGGAUCCAUUCGACGUUUUAGCUAUUCAUCGCGAUGGUCGUGUACGGCGGAUAUCUCCAGACUUGGAAACUCAACGAUGGAGCAUGCAACACAGCGAGAUCCCUCAGGGCAGUUGGGAAAUCCAUGGCUGUUUUUUACUGGAAUUUGACGACGCCAAGAAAUCGCUGUUGAAGCGACGGCCGGACAUUGUUUCUCUUGCGGCUGGAAGCUCUAUGAUUGCAGGAGGCAGUGACCCGUCCAUCUUGCUUCUCGUUUCUUAUCCCGUUGGUACUGAACAAAUCAGUUUGAGUGAGGUUAAGAUUCAAAUGUUCUCAAUACCCGCCGAAGCUUCGAACCGCGGCGUCGACGAGAGUCAACAGAUGAGACACCUUAUGACGGCCAAUCUUCCUAAUAUCGGUGAGAAGGUUGAUAAGAAGAAUCUGCAGUGGCAUUUCCAUUCCAACUCUGCUGGUUUGAACUUGUCCUUUGAGAAGGGGUUCGUCAAUUUCGACCUCUCCCAGUAUAAACCAACGGCAACCUCAAUAUUUAUUCUCGAAGAUGAGAACUUUUCAUCUGUCAUGCGUGUUUCAGCCCAGUCGGUGAUCGGCGCCGGCAAGUCUAUGAUCGCGUUAUAUGACACCCAGUACAAGUCCAUCCAGCGCAGCAUCGUGACCGAGGACCUUCCAUCAGCCGCCACCAACAACGCACGUACUACGUUUAUCAACUACUUCGCGAAACUCGACCUUGUGGUUGCGUCAAAGGGCAACUCCUUAUUAGCGUUUGACCUAGGCUCGUCGCACAGCAUCUCCGGCGCACCAAGCAAACGCUCCCGAGACGGGCUGCUGAUAGAUGCAAUCGGUCGUGGGAUAGGGUCCACGUCCCAGUGGGAGAAUGUCUCGAAGAAACAUCGUUCAAAUGCCGCAGCGGCGCUGGGCCUUACAUCAGCAGAGGAGAUUGAGAAAUGGAAUAAUUUCUCGCGUGCAGUGCGCGAAUGCGCCAAGAAAAAUGACACCGGCGGGUUCGACCGAGCUGUUCACAGCUAUUUUCAAAUCGGAGAUACCCAGGCCCUUCCUGAACCAGGCCAAUAUGUCAACCUGGAAAUGGUCCUUUUCUUACUCUCACUCAUCUUCACUGUGGGAGACAAUAGCGAAAAUACUGACAAACUCUCCGCAUCUUCCUCGGUCAACGUCACCGUCGCGGUUUGGCCAACCGAGACGUGCAAUUGGCUCAUCCGCCUAGGAUAUCUCUAUCCCGGCAACGUUGAGGCCGCUCUACACCGCGCCCACAAGCCGCGUAUCCUCCCUCAACUACCCAUCGGCACUUUUGCGCAGGCCCUGCAAACUUCCGACCCUUCCCUGCAGCGCCUAAUCAGUGUCCUUAAAGGGCCAGCUGCCUUCAGCGCAGACGAACUCGCCCACGUGCUGAAGAUCUUUCUCAAUGCCGCGCGCUCAAUCUCCAUCCCCACCGAGCAAGGCGAGGAGGCAGAGACUAAAGCCCUCACAAACGGAGAUGGCAAAACCAAUACCGCUCUCGCACUUACGAAAACAUCCGCCGAAUCCGAUUUCCCCCCCUCUCCCCCCUCAACUUUGCAGACAACAUUCACCGGCCUCAAUACCACCCUCCUCUCCUUGCACACCCACCCACACCCGUCCAUAAAAUCUUCCCUCCGCUCCACCCUCUCCCGCAACGACAUAAUCACAACAAUUCACCAUCUCCGCCUUUCCCUCGCAACAGGCGGACACGCAACUCGCUUCACAGAGACCCCUCCAACCCCCAUUUCGCCGCACCUUACAUCCCCCUCCCUCCCCCUUAAAACAAUAGUUGAUCUUCUCAACGCGGCUGUCGACGCAAUUGGCCCUUCUGGCUGGGUCUCCAUUGCCCCUGGAGACCUGAAUUUUAGCCUCAACAGCGAAGCAGAGCUCUCAGGCCUCCGCGACAUGGCGCUCAUCGCGGAAAUGAAAUCAGAGGUUUCGGCGGCUCUAGCGGGCGUCGAGGAGGCGACACUCCUUACUGGAAUACUGAGGGAGUAUCUUCGGUAUGCGAAGAGUGUGACGAACGACUCCCGCUCCCUUACCUCAUCAACUUUAGCCUUACCUGAUGAUAUGUUGAACGCGGCGCCCUCAUCUACGUCGGUCCGUCACGAGAAGCUCAAUGGUGCGGACUUGCUUGUUUUCGGUGCGCAGGAUGACGAUGCGGAUGGUGGUGACUGUGAUGCAAGCGGGAAAUUGCUCCCGCUGUCGUUGAAGGCCGCUAAGGAUGUCAGCAAGACGAAGGUGCUUAAGGGAACUGGCAAAGUCGUGCAGCGGAGUAAACGUGAGAUUGGGUACUUACGGCGUAAGGCUGUUGGGAAGUAUACCUUUGAGCGGUUGGUCCUUUAGUCUGUUUAUAUCGUGAUUUCCAUGGAUUGUAUGGCUGUGUAUCUAUGCAUCUCUGGUUAAAAAGAAAAUGAAUCGUGUGAUAAAUU